AUGGCUGCGCAAGAAGAGUUCACAGGCGAGUACCAAGUGCUGGCAGACACAGGAAACGGUCCAGCAGGAGAAGCGCAGCACUUCAAGAAAAUUCUGUGUCAUGCUGCCACAGCUCCUGGAGAGUCACAGCCCGUUGGAAGCAAGGAGGACCUUCUUCGGCUGCGGCGGGUUGUUGCUGCAAAGAAGGAGCGUGAACGCCGGCGUCAAGAGCGUGGUGGCCAAGGGCACAGCUUCUGGUACUCGCUCGUAAGCUCCCACAGCCACCGCCCGGAGGUGGUGGCCUUCCGGCACUUGAUCGCCAGCUUUAUUGUGGUGAAUGUCGUUUGCUUCAUCAUACAGACGGACAAGGCGACUGACAGAAAGCAUGCCAAGCUUUUCAGCAAGAUCGAGGCCGUUUCCUCCUGGGUUUUCUUAGUUGAGUACCUUAUCCGUCUGGGAACAAUCCAUGAGAACAAGAGGUAUUUUCAUUUGACAAAGCUGUCCGCCCGACUAGCCUUCUUCAAAAGCUUCAGUUCUAUUGUUGAUUUGAUUUCAUUCCUGCCUUGGUUCAUCGAACAAGUUGUGCCCUACAAUCUGCCGAAUCUGCAGUGCGUACGAGUUAUUCGCCUCUUCCGAUUGUUUAAGUCCAACUCAGUGAUGAGCUCAGUUGACGUGAUUGCCAGAGUUCUUUAUUUCAACAGUGAAAUCCUUUGCGUGGCCUUCAUGAUUGACGCAAUCCUCAUCUUGCUUACGUCCACGAUUCUGUACUACAUGGCACCGCCGCCUGACACUCCAGGAGUUGAAGACGACUUCGAGUCUAUUCCUGCCACCAUGUAUCUGUCCGUAAUGAUGCUCACAGGCCAAGGGCAGCCAAGUGGCCAGCUUCCCUGGUACACCAAGGUUAUCGUGGUGGCCACUGCAGUGCUUGCCACGGCACAGUUUGCCAUCCCCGCAUCCAUGCUGACCUGGGGCUUCGAGCAAGAAGCUGAAAGGCGCCUGCAGAGGAAUCACGAGCUGCAGAUGAAGCAGCGCGAUCGGAUUUUGCAGGGAGAUACAGCAUGGAACGAUGCAGUGGAAGUCAGCAGCUCCAGCACCAGUGAGAGUGACGUUGGACAUGAAUGGGCUGAGUAUGAGGCUGUUGUCGUUGGCAGCGACAGUGAGGAGGAGGGAGGUGGCGGCGACCCUCUGAGUGGCGGCUCCGCCUUAAGCGCCUCUGAAGCUGCCCGAAUUGCCAAGAUCUUUGCGAAGCUUGACGCAGAUCAAAAUGGAAGUCUGGUCACGGCUGAGCUGUGUCAGCUGUCUGGAGGCAGGGUAGAUGGACAGAACUUGGCCGAAGUUCUAGAUGCCGAUGGGGAUGGCAAAACAACCUCCACUGAAUUCCUAGAAUGGCUAACAACUAUCAAAGCCAAAAACAUCCACGUCUUCAAUAUGGUCUUGACAGAUCUGGAACAGUUGCAGCCGCUCAGGAAACGUUCAGUUGAUACGCAAUCCUUGGACAUAAUGGCCGGCCAGAUGACAGAGUUCGCGCAGCAGUUUCGCUCCUUAACCAUGGAAGUUAAGCAGCUCAGGAACGAGCUCGCAUCCAAGGAUGCCGAGCUGAACCAGCUGCGGUCGGUGUUUGUUAUCCGAAUGGCGGGCAAGCUUCUGUGGGCCCUCCACGUCUCCGCCAGGUGCUUCUAUCUGAUGGCGCGGCUGUUGCUCUACAUUCUCUUACUCUUGCCGGUCUUUGUCCGGGCAACUGCCUAUUGCUGGCUGCAUCCAAGCGUAGCGAAUUUUGUUCGCUACGGUGCACAGCGACGACACUUAAUGGACAUCUACACGCUCAGGCAAGAGUUUCGGGAUGCUGGCUCGCGACCAGUAGUUGUGUUCUUCACCGGUGGUGUGUGGAUCAUCGGCUACAAGAUGUGGGGAAUGCUGAUGGGCAUGGUGCUUCAGCGUCUUGGCAUUCUCCUCAUUGUUCCUGACUACAGGAACUUCCCUCAGGCUACCGGCGAAGACAUGGUGGAGGACAUACUCCUUGCAGUUCAAUGGGCUUUAGACCAUUGUGAGGAGUACGGGGGAGAUCCAUCCAGGCUUUUCCUCGUGGGCCAGUCUGCGGGCGCUCAUUUGCUGGCCAUGGCAUUGUUGAGGAGGGCUGACGAGGCCACAGCAUUGACUGGCCCCAUCCGCUGGCAGCCCAAGGACGUGUCUGCCUUCGUGGGGAUCUCUGGGCCGUUCGACCUUGUGGACUUGAGCGAGCAUUUCCACAGUCGUGGAUUGGAUCGGCGAUUGCUGUCAUCCAUCUUUGAGGGGCGGCUUGCAGACUUCUCUCCAACUCUCUUGGUCACGGCCGAUCGAGCGCUGAAGCUGCCGCCGAUGCUGCUCGUCCACGGCACUGCAGACACCAGCGUUCCAUCUCGCAGCGCAGUCGACUUUGCAGAGACCCUUCAAGCAGCUGGAGCUGAGGUGGACUUGAAGUUGUACCCAGGAAAGAGCCACACUGACCCCAUUCUGGAGGAUCCCAUUGCCGGCAAUGACCCCUUGAUCGAGGAGCUGGUUUUCUUGGUACGGAGCAGCGAGCCCCGACAAGCCAUGGCGAUCAUCACUCAGAGCACUGACAAGGACCUGGUGCACAACAAAGAUUUUCCUGCUGGGCAUCGAAUGAUGCCCAUGCCCAUGAUUCAGUUGGCACGCUUCGUCAACCCUUUCUGA